AUGAAGUUCUCCACGGCGAUGUUGAGGUGGGGGUACAUGGUCUGCAGCCACUCGGCCAGGUCCUCCUUCAUGGCGUACAGGUACUCCUCGCUGGACCGGAAGGGCCUGAAAGGCCGCGCCUCCAACAGGACCGAACUCAUCGUGAGGAUCGUUUGGGAGUAUAACUUCAGGUUCAAACUUCAAGAUCAACAUUCAAGUUCAACCUCCGAGAUCAAACUUCAAGUUCAAACUCCAAAAUCAAACUUCAAGUUGAAACUUCAGAAUCAACCUUCAAGUUCAAAUUGCAAGUUCAAACUUCGAGUAGAAACUUCAAGUCAAAUCUUCAAGUUCAACCUCAAAGUUAAACCUUCAAGUACAACCUUCAAGUUCAACCUCCAAGUCCAACAUCAAGUUCAAUUUUCAAGUUCAACCUACAAGUUCAACGUUCGAGUUCAAACUUCGAGUUCAACCUUCAUAUUCAACCUUCAAGUUGAACCUGCAAGUACUACCUUCAAGUUCAACCUUCAGGUUCAACCCCCAAAUUCUAACUUCGAGUUGAACCUUCAAGUUGAACCUCCGAGUACAACCUUCAAGUUCAACCUUCAAGUUCAACCUUCAAGUUCAAACCUCAAGUUCAACCCUCAAGUUCAACCUACAAGUUCAACGUUCAAGUUCAAACUUCAAGUUCAACCUUCAUAUUCAACCUUCAAGUUCAACCUUCAAGUUCAACCUUCAAGUUCAACCUUCGAGUUCAAAAUUCAAGUUCAAACUCCAAGUUGA